CGUAUUUCAAUCAAGGGAUCAAACCAACACAUUGUAAACAAGAUCAAGAUUGUCUCUUUUUCGUUUAGUCGAUGUGAAUGUUGUUUUGAACAUGAAGCUUUUCACAAAACUAGCAGUGCUUGGUUCGAGCCUGUGGAUCUUGGUUAGAGCCGAGUCGGCCCCUACAGAACAACAAUGUUCACCAGUUCCAGGCGUCAAGGGCGCCGUGACGACGUGUGACAAGCCUCAACACAUUGCUAUCAUCGAAUUAGGAGCUGGAGCUGCGGGAGCAUCGGCAGCAUACUAUCUCACGCAAUUCGCCAAUGAUGCGAAUAUACCGAUAAAUAUUACGGUUUUUGAGAAGACGAACCGAAUCGGAGGUCGUACUCUUACUGUGAACGCCUAUGACGACCCUAAACAUCCAGUAGAGCUCGGCGCAUCUAUUUUCAUCGAGCUCAAUCAUAUUUUGUAUAAUGCAGCCAACCACUUUAAACUUCCUCUUAAGACGCCAGGCCCCGAAGAGGAUGAGUAUCUUGUCAUCUGGGAUGGCAGUCGCUUCAGAUUCGAGUCGAGGGAUAGCCAAUGGAACUGGUGGAAACUCGUCAAACUCUUUUGGAAGUAUGGCCAGGCGCCAUACAAAGCCCAGCAGCUCAUGAAGUCAACUAUCGCGCAGUUCCUGAAGCUGUAUGAGGAGCCUUAUUUUCCAUUCCGCUCGCUGUCGACAACUGCAUAUGAGCUGGGGCUCACCAAGAUAACGGGGUUGACAGGCGAACAAUUCCUUGAUCAGAACAAUAUUGGUUCAUCCUUUUCCGAAGAUGUUAUCCAGGCGGCCACACGUGUCAACUAUGCCUCGAACCUUGGGCGCAUCCAUGGGCUUGAUGCUAUGGUGUCGAUUGCUCCUGAUGGUGCCUCCCAAGUCACCGGGGGCAACUGGCAAAUAUUCGGCCACAUGCUGAAGGCAACAAAUGCUUCACUGUACCUCAACACAACCGUCACAUCCAUUGAAUUUGACAAGGCCGAUGACGACUUAGAUAUAUCGGGUUAUGUCCUCGAAACGAAUAAAGACAACUCUGGCAGCAUUGCAACCACUUCGCAACGCUUCGACAAGGUUGUCAUAGCGACCCCUUAUCAAUUCAGUAACAUUCAUACUGGGGAUGAGGUCCUGCAGCGGCCAAUCGACGAGAUCCCUUACGUCAAACUACAUGUGACCCUUUUUACAUCACCGCUUCGUCUAAACCCCCAAUUCUUCAACUUACCUGCCGAUGCUGAAGCCCCGACUACAGUGUUGACCACACUCGGCGAGGGAGACAAUGCAUCUUCAGGCGCGGGCAAAGCUGGAUUUUUCAGCGUCACCAAUCAAAGAAGUCUCACGAACCCAGAGACGGGCGAGACGGAGUAUAUCUACAAGAUCUUUUCUCCAGAAAAAGUCACGGCCGAAUUCAUGUCCUCACUUCUGGGCGCACAGGUUCCAGAAUCAGUCACCGCUCACAGGACCGAGGAGGAAGCUAAAAGCUGGAAAGGAGUUGGUCCUGUGACAUGGUACUACCCGCACGUAUUCUACUCGUACCCGCAAGCACUGCCGCGUGUCACAUUCCAGGACCCGAUAUUGGGACCGGGCUUGUAUUACACGUCAGGAAUGGAAAGCUUCAUUUCCACAAUGGAAACGAACGCUUUGAUGGGCAAAAAUGUCGCAAGGCUUGUCAUCGACAGUGUGCUUGGGAAUAAGGCAGAUGUUGGGGAAGACAAGGAUCAGGUCGUCAUCGGAGAGCUGUGAGAGUUGGCGAGGCAGCUGGAGAUUGCAAAUUCGGGAUGUCUGGGGACCCAUUGGCUUGUAUAAUAUAACGAAAUGACAGGUCAUGUAUCUUGUCAAGCGUUUAAUUGGAUUCAGUACUGUUUUUUCUUUUUUUUUCUUGGGUUGUCUUUAGUGUAGGAACAAAAUGUCCGAACCAGAUAAUUGGUCUUCGUUGUCUAUUUAAAGGGACAUUGCCCAUGCCUUUUUUUUUUUUUUUUUUUUUUUUUUUUUUUUUUUU